AUGCAAAAUAUUUCUAACACAUGACUACGAACUCUAUAAGUUAACAUUCAUACAAGAGAGCAUUAUGAACUAGACCUAGCCAAUUCACUACUUUUGAGUUCUAACUGGUUGAGGAUAGUAUGGCUCAGACUGGUGGCAAAGCUUUGGUCCAGUGGCUGGUGGCAGCUCUGCUCAUUGCCUUGUUGUGUGUUGCCCAGGCUGUUGUGAUAUGUAACGUGGAAACAUCUAGGCUGAACUUGUGCCGUGCAGCAAUUACUGGGAGAUACCCACCACCGCCCUCUAGGAGAUGUUGUGCAGUCAUUAAGCAGGCCAAUCUGCCCUGUCUUUGCAGUUACAAGUCUCUAUUGCCUGCAGCUGGAAUCGACCCCAAAAAUGCCUUGGCCUUGCCUGGUAAAUGUGGGCUGAGAACACCUCGUAGAUGCUGAGG